UAACUUGGUCAGAUGUACCUUUUUAUGAUAAUUCUACUAUGAUGAUGAUGACGACGACGACGACGGUGGCGGCGACGCCUACAACAUCUUCUUUCGUAGUUGAUACUCUACCCACUACAUACGAAUUACAACAACAGUCUACUUAUAACAGUACACAGCAUCCAUUCAUCCAAUCUAUCUCAGCAGAAACUCUUCAAAUAGGUACAUGGAAGAGAGUAACCUUGAAUCCUCAUGAUUUACAAUGUCAAUAUGAUAAAGGGAAUAAGCUAUUCAGUUGGUGUAUUCAAGAUGGAUUAUCCAAGUUUAAAAUGGAGUUUCCUGAAAGCAGUCUGAAGUCCAUCCAAUUAAUGCCUUUACAAACAAGAGCGGGUUGGGCCAGAUUAGAGAUGUUCAUCUUAUCUGCCGAACAUAUCUCAUUUUAUAUGAAAUCUUUACACCAACAUGGUUGGGUUCAAUGUCGUGAUUAUACUGAAGAUAAACAAGCUUCAACAGUACUUUUACAUCAAUUAGACGGCCCUGCUCUUGCCUUAAAAGCAGAAUUAGAUAUACUUUUAAAAGAAAACCCAUACUUGGCAUCUAUCCUAUUUAAAUAGUAAAAAUUCUAUAUUAUUGAGUACUUGAUUUAAUACCUAGACCAAAUUCAAUAAAAGAAGAAAUGAUAGGCAAUAGAAAUUUAAAAAAAAAA